AUGUUUUCGACCGAGUCUGUUGCUCUUGUGGUGGUAGUUGUAGAAUCCACCUAUAUAAGGGGAUUAAAAUUUGAAGUAGAUAUCGUUGAAAUGCUGAGGAGUAUUGGUGUUAAAGUUAUUCAUAGAGGUAAGAAAUUGAAAGCACAUCGUGGCUACUGUUUUAGCAGUAAACGUUCUUUCUUUCUAGUUUCCGGUGUUCCUGAGCUUGCUUAG